AUGGCGGGCGGUAACAUUGGAUCAACUGAUACCGGAAAUAGCAGCCGUCGCUCUUCCCCUGGCAUCGGUGCCAGCGCGAGUGGUGCGGGUGGUGGUGGAGGCGGUGGUGUUGGUCGGAGGGAUAAAUUGGGGGAAUCCUCGAGGCCUCUGAAAAGACGCUGUGUCAGUAAUGCAUGUAUCGCUUGCCGGCGUCGCAAGUCAAAGGUUAGCUUGAAUUGUCCUUUCUAUGAUAUCUACCCUCUGGCACCCCUUCCCUUCCCCGCCCCACCCUGCCCGUUCCCUUCCCUUUUCCUCGGAGGUCUCUGACGGGUGGAAAGUGUGAUGGGAAUACACCAGCCUGUGCGGCCUGCGCAUCCGUCUACCACACCGAAUGUGUCUACGAUCCCAACUCGGACCAUCGGCGAAAGGGAGUGUAUAAGCAGGAUAUCGACAAUCUGAAGACCCAGAAUACCACAUUACACACCCUGGUCGAGGCGAUUCUGAAUUACCCCGAGGAUAGGGUAUUUGAUUUGGUCAAGCAGAUUCGAACAUGUGACUCACUUGAGGAUCUUGUUGAGAAUAUAGUCGCGGAACAGAACGCAAAUGUGGACCCGGACGGAGAAUCACCGGGUAGUGUGGCAGCGGAUGAGCACCAACAGGGGGCCGAGGUUGGCGGGGACCGACCCAUCAGCCUGGAGGCUGAACUCAGUGGGAAGAUGGGCCGACUGAGGGUUGAGGACGGUCAGGUAAGAUUUAUUGGAGCGACGUCGAAUCUGUUAUUUGUGACGCCAACGUCGUCUUCAACGGAAGACGAACAGAGCGAGAUUGAGGGGAGACACAGUUCAGCGAUCGGUAGGAGCAUAGACAUUGGCGAGAAGGACCCGAUAACCACAUGGACUACAGUGACACAGGACCCAGCGUUGAUUAAUCAUCUUGUACGGAUGUACUUCGCCUGGCACUACCCCUAUUUCACGACUCUGAGCAAGGAUCUAUUCUACAAAGAGUUUCUCCAGGGGAAGAAUCAAUCUAGGCCAUCUGGUAUAAAAUACUGUACCUCGCUCCUCGUGAAUGCAAUUCUAACCCUCGGCUGCCACUUUACAUGUGUCGCCGGGUCCCGGGCGAACCACAAUGAUCCGGCUACAGCUGGGGAUCACUUUUUCAAGGAGGCGAAGAGGAUGAUUCUUGAAAAUGACGAGCACGAGGUUCCCCGACUAACAACGGUACAGGCGCUGGCUCUGAUGAGUGUUCGCGAGGCCGGUUGCGGAAGGGAGGCGAGGGGCUGGGUAUAUUCUGGGAUGAGCUUUCGGAUGGCGAUGGAUCUUGGGUUGCAUCUCGACCCUAGUUCCUUGAAAGAUGGGGUGGGCUUGGGUUCUGGAAUAACCGAUGAGGAGCUUGAUGCUAGAAGGGUUACGUUCUGGGGAUGCUACCUGUUUGACAAGUGCGUACUCUCGCCCGCGGGGGGGGGGGAUGAAAUAAGCUUAACUGACGCAAUGGUUAGAUGCUGGAGCAAUUACAUGGGUCGUAUGCCACAACUCCCAUCGUCGAUGGUUACCGUGCCAAAACCGGACGUAUUCCCAAGCGAAGAUUCGGACAAUUGGCUUCCGUAUACUGAUUCGGGGGUCUCAACGAUUAAUCCGCAACCCUCGCGUAUCAGGGCGGUAUCGUUACGGAUCUCAAUGCUGUGCGAAAUAAGUAAUGACGUGCUCUUGAACUUCUACGAUUCAACCCCUGGCUCUAAUACUAGUGGCGUGGUGGAAUUCGCCGCAACUACUAUCCACCGCAUUCAACAAGCGGGGAAGAAUGGGGUUCAGGCCGAAUUUAAGAAGCUCGGUGAGCUUUUUGCAAGAUUGGAGGAUUGGCGGAAGAAGCUUCCGGGUGAACUUGAAGCUAAGGAAGGCAGCCUUCCGAGUGUGCUUCUAAUGCAGUAAUUAUCCUAUACCUCCCAGGAUGUAUCACUCGGGGCGAUAAGCUGAAGUUUACUAGCAUGUUCCACCAAACAUUGUACAUUCAUCUUUUCCGGCCGUUCCUAAAGUCAUCCGCAGCGACGAAUAGCACGCUUUCCCAUUUGGACCCCCGGAAGGCAUGUCUUGCCGCGGCGACGAUGAUUUCGAAGUAUCUACGCUUUUACAAACGCCGAUAUGGCCUCCGGCAAAUUUGCAAUGUCGCCGGGUACUUCAUCCACUCGGCUUGUACCAUACACCUCCUCAACCUUCAGCAAAAGGCUGCCAAGAGGGAUAUUGUGCAGGGCCUUAAAAGCCUCGAGGAAAUUGGAGAAUGCUGGCUCGUCGCAAAGAGAGCGCUAGUUAUUGUGGGAGUAUUCGUCAAACGACGAGGAAUCGAGUUACCAGAAGAAGCCGAGGGUGUUCUGAAGCGAUGCUGGAGGGAAGGGAGACGCUUCGGUCUCGGUGCACAGGUCGACAAAGUACUUAGCACCGCAACCAUCGUCAAGCAAAACUUCGAAGACCCAUUACCGCCGCCAAAGCCACUUACAGGUGCCGAUGCGUCCGAUCUAACCCAACCUACUCAGCCUUUACCCUCCCGCCCUCACCCACCGGCUUCCCCACAGCACCGGAAAUCAUUCCCAACACAAUCCCCGCCUCCGCCUCCUCCUCCCCCUCCCCAGCCAAUCCCUCGAUCGUCGCCCCAGUCCUUCCCAACCCGCUUCUACUCCGACCACCCGCAACUCGCAUACUACACUUCCCCACCCCCGAACCCGCAAUACCUCCCCACAGCCGCCCCGAUAUCCCCUAGCAGCUGUGCUUCCACGGGAACCCCGAGAAGUGAACUUUUGCCGGAAUUCGGUAUUGACCAGGGGCUUUUGGACCAGUGCGAGCACUGGUGGUGGCGGGAUACUACUGAACUUGCGAAUGAGAUGGCGGUUGACACGCCGGCUUGGCCUGGGGCUAAUGGAUUGGCUGCGACGGGGCAGGGGUCGGGGUCGAGGACGGGAGAGUUUGAUGGGGUGGGGACGGGAGGUUUUGGCGAGGAGUGUGAGUGA